GACGAGAGGACAUGGUACCCUGCAGGAAGAGAUCUAGGGAGGAGUUGCUACCCGGGUGUGGCACUCGCUCUCAACCUGCUGCUCUUCUUCGUCGAGCGUUUCUCCCUUGCGAUCGAACCUCUGCACAUCGCGGUUUUAAUGGGGCCAGCGGCUGCUUUAGCAUGUGUUGGAGGGACGUAUUGUCUCGCACGACAGAUCUGCGGUCGCGACGAAGAGGCGCUCCUCGCUGCUUUCUUCUCUAGCGUGAUCCCAGCGCUCCUCUCCUGCACGGAGUGUGGAGUGCUAGACGGGGUCGGCAUCGGGUGCUCUUGCAUGAUCUUUGCGUUCUACCACGUCGCUCGAGGGAAGGGGAGCAACCGGACUCUUUCCUCGGUCUUCGCGGGCUUCCUCUACUUUGCCAUGGCGAUCAGCUGGGAGGAGCAUACCUUCUUCCUCAACCUCUUCGCCGUCUACGUGCUGUUCCUCCUGUUCAAGGGGUUGGACGCGGCGGACUUCAACUUCACGUUCCAGGUGGUCUACCUGGUGGGCAUGAGCUCGACUCAGCUCUUCUUGCGCCAUGUCCCUUCGAUCCUUACAAGGGAACACGCCAUCCCCCAUGCAGCCUUCUUCCUCCUCCUCUGCAGGGCCUCUGGGAUACUCGCGGGUCGUUCGCUGCCCUUCCUUUCGCUGCCCUUCCUCUCAGCAGCGCUCCCCUUGUGCCUGUUUUUCGCUUCAGGGUGGCUGGAAGGGGGGGAGGGAGAGGGAGGAGGGGGGCUCUGGCGGCAGAUCCUCCCAAUGAAUGCGUCGAGCGCGUACGAGACGAUGACGUCAUCAGUCUCGGAGAAUCAGCCGACGACGUGGUCUUCCUUCUUCUUCGACUUGCACUGCCUCCUCUUUCUUGCUCCUCUUGGUAUCUACCGCUGCAUCUCAGAGCCUAACGAGCGAUCGUUCCUCCUUAUCUUCUACUUCUUUGCAAGUCUAUUCCUCUCAGCUCUCAAGGUUCGCUUCAUCGUCCUCUUCGCACCGGCCGCGUGCAUCAUCGGGGCGAUCGGGGCCUCUUCUCUCCUCUCCAAGAAUUUUCUGCACGUGAAGGUAACCUGCAAGCUCUUGCUCUACUUCCAGUCUUCCAAGAAAGUGAGCAGGAAAGGGACGGAAGACACGACGAACCGGGACAUUGCCCUCCUCCUCCUCCUCGCCCUCUUCUUCCUGUUCAUCAUGUUCCUCUGGCACUGCUCAUGGGUCACCAGCGUCGUGUACGCGCCCUCCACCUUGAAGUUUGCGGGGCGGCAGAGCGACGGCAACCGCACGCGGUUUGAGGACAUGGAGGAAGGAAUGACGUGGAUCCGCGACAACACGGACAAAGACGCGCGGGUGCUGAGCUGGUGGGACCAUGGGCAUGAGCUCGCAUCCCUCGCCGACCGCGUCACCUUCCUCGACGCCAGCGGCUACAAUCUCUCCCAGGUUGCAGCAGUGGGAGCCAUCAUGGCGUUGCCGGAGGAGGAGGCAGCUGCAAGGUGCAGGAACAUGGGAGUCAAUUUUGUGCUCGUGAGGUUCGGGGGGAUGACGUCCUUCGCCAGUGAUGACAUCAGCAAAUUCCUCUGGAUGGUGCGGGCAGCUGGGAAAGAGCUGAAGGAGCCGGAGGAUGCUUUCCUCUCAGCUGGGGGCGUGCUGAGGGUAGGGAAGGAGGGGAGCCGGCGCUUCCGCUCCUCGCUGCUCUAUCGCCUGAGCUUUCAUCGCUUCUCCUCCCAGGUCUCCGAAUUCGGCAGGCCCGCUGGGUUCGACCGGGUGAGAGGAGAAGUUGCGGAGGGAGGCAAAGAGCCGCUGCAGCACUUCGAAGAAGUCUUCACCUCCCAGCAUUGGCUUCUUCGCCUUUAUAGAGUUAAAAACUUGUAG